AUGACCACAUCGAUGUCAUAUAGGAAGAGGAACAUACCGAAGGAUGUCACAAACAAUACAGCCAACUCAUCUCCUUUGCUCAAGAGACAGCGAAAAUCCAACGAUAACAAUGGAGGCUUCGAAUCGCAGAAUAUAUGGAAAAACUUGGAAAGAAUAAGAGCCAGUAUGUUUGAUGCCGAUAAAGCUAUAAAGAACAGCUGUCUGUUUGUGCCGAUCCUUGCCAACUCCAGGUCUCAAGCAUGUGUCAACCUUUUGCAUGACUAUAUUUCUUCUGAUAAAUUGAAAUUAGUCAGGGUCGGUAAGCGUACUGCUUCAUCCGCACCUGCAUAUAUCGCUUUGAAAAACUUCAGUGUUUUGGACUGUUGCUUAGCACUUACUGCAUUGUUUGCCGUGAAAGAUAAAAGUUGGGUUCGACAAUAUAAUGAAGAAGUUUUAACUAUAUCCGAGACGGUUCGCAUAGGAGGCAGCGUGUACUUCCCAAAGAAUACUCUUUGGAAAACCCAUAAUAAUGUGCUCUCUGACCCUAACUUUUACAUCUCCAAAUCCACCAUGUCAUCCAUCUCAGAGUUUCAAGAGUAUCAUUUGCAAUUAUCAACAAAUGAAAGCAUGACUUAUUUCAUCAAUGGAAUAGGUAAUUUUAUCGUUUCACUGAAGUUUGGCAAGCUCAAAAAAGAUAUGGAUAAAAGCUUUUCGUUGGCUUUAAAUUCCUACAACAACUCUAUCAAUCUAAGCAUAUACGAAACAUUGCUGGGGCCCGAUGCACUAUUAGAUAUGAAAACGGUAACAACACAAAACUCACCCUUAAUUGAAAGGUCAAAGAAGUUCAUGGAAAGCUAUAUCCACAGUUUAGUACACGGAGAGACCCAACCGGGUAAAAUGCAACCAGUAAUGCAAAAUAAUUCAGUGAAGGAAACGCCAAGGGAAACCCCCAUCGUUACCCAAAGAUAUAGAAGUAAUGUGCUUCAUACCAGCCGUAUGCAAACGGUGAGGACGACUCAACCCGUUAAUCAAGGCAGCCCGAAUAAUGAGACACACAAUGCCCACUAUAGAAGGCCAGAGGAGGUAAAAUCCUAUUGUCUGACAACUUUGAGAGCUUCAAUGGACCUGGUAAAAAAGAAACAAGCACAACAAAUCUUCAAAGCGUACAUUACAUGCCCGAAGCAAGGAUAUCUGGACAAACUCACUGAGAAAUUGGAAGACAUACAGUCCAAAACCAGUUGCAAUGUAGUUGUUCUACACUUAAAUAAUAUUCAUGAAUCAGAGCCUUGGUUCGAUUCACUGAAAAUUAACCGUUCCGCAACUGCUUCACCACCGCCCCCAAGUACUAUGAAAAUCAUAAGCGUUGGGGGGGUUGGUGAAUAUAUAAACCGAGCGUUGAAGAUGAUAGAAAAGAUUUUGGACUCUUGA